AUGUAUGUAAAGAUUCAUGAGUCGUUGGAAAUCAACUCGGAUAGUGCAGUUUAUGAAAUGGUAGACUUUAUAAAACCUACUGGUUUCAGGGUAGUUCCGAUUCUGAGCGAUAGAGUCUGUGGCGAAACGGUACCAUUGGCAGAGUUUUACGUGGUACAGUUUAUGGACAAGCAGAAAAUCAGCCCAUUUCUAAAAAAGGUUCCGUUGGUAUGUGAAGGAUUUGAUCAUCUGAAACGAGUCGAUAAAAUGGGUCGAGUGCUACUACAACCCGUCACAGAUUCGCUGUCAGACAAGCAUCUCAUGAUAUUACAAGAGCUCGAACUCAGUGAAUCCAAUGUGCAGGUUGUGAAAGUCCCAGCAUCAAAACCAUUUACAAGGCGUCAGUUCGAAUGGGCAAAGGAGUACUGGCCGACGAGCUUUCAUCCAGACCAGGACCUCGAAAACUUGCUGAACGAUAAUUUUCUGACCAGUGAAGAGAAGAUAUCAGUAUAUCGUUGGAGCGAGAUUGCCAGUGAAGUGGGAUGUGUCGUCGUGCAGAAUGGUCAUGAGUUGGUCAGAGGCUCACGAACAGAACAACUUCUGGGUCACCCUGUCAUCAACAUCGUGCAAAAACUAGCGAAGUGUCCUAGAAGCAAUGAUGAUUACCUUGCAACUGGUUGCGAUGUAUACUUGAAGAAUGAGCCAUGUGCAAUGCUUUGGUCCAUUGUCGGGCAUCCCGAGUUUUCUACUGCAGAAAUACGAAGAACGGAGUACUCGCACCAGGUAAAUGGCAGCUUCACCUUGAACCUGCCAUCAAUCAUCAUUACGACGGCACUUCCUAAGACAGUGAUCGUCACUAGCCGUGCAACUUGGGGGAGCAGCGAUGGCUGUCACCGACGUCCAUAUUGCCCCGUACAUUCAGCGGGCCUACAAGUGCUUAUUAACGUGCGACAAUUCGCCCGAUAG